AUGGCCUCGACGGUGAUUGUUGGAGGUGGCAUAAUCGGCAUCGCGACAGCUUAUUACCUCUCGGAACAUCAACCUGGCUCAAGCAUCCACCUUGUUGACUCGUCGGCAACGCUAUUCGCCUCGGCAUCAGGCUACGCUGGUGGAUUUCUGGCGAGGGACUGGUUCCAUCGCGAUCUUGCGUCUUUGGGGGCACUGAGUUUUGACGAGCAUGAGAAAUUGGCAGAGCAGUUUAAUGGGAGGGAGAAAUGGUUGUAUGCCAAGUCUGUGACCGUGAACUAUGAGUUACCGAGAAGGAAACACAAGGGAUCCACAGGCCAGGACUGGUUAUGUGAGGGAGGGAGUCGUGCGGAUGUGAUAGAGGAGAGAUCAGAGGUUAAAGACAGGAAUAGCCCGCCUUGGUUGAGGCGUAUCAAGGGUGAUGCUCUCAGCUUGGUUGAUAAUGGUGAAGGCACAGCUGUUCUAGACCCUUCAAAACUAUGUCAGUUCCUCCUGGAAAGAUGCCGAGCAGCGGGGGUGCGGAUACAUAACCCUGCCGUUGUUCUAAAUGUAGGCGCCGACUGUCAUGAUGAGUUAUCAUAUAUCCGUAUCGGUUUCACAGACUGCUCCUCAGAGACACAUAUCCCAGCUACGCGAAUACUUGUCUGUGCUGGGGCAUGGACCCCGAGUGUUUUGGAGUCCAUGUUUCCCGGAUCAUCUAUCAACAUACCCGUGGUGCCGCUCGCAGGCCACUCACUCGUUGUACGAAAUCCGACGGAUAUCGGCGAUAUAUACCACUCUAUAUAUACAAGCAUGGACGAUUUCUCACCAGAGAUUUAUGCUCGACCAAAUGGACACAUCUGGCUUGGUGGUGUGAACGCAUCUCUCCGACUGCCACCGUUAGUAACAGGUGCGAAACCCAUGGAUGCGCCACUUGAGAAGUUGAAGAACCUGGCGAGGCAGAUCAUUAGAACCGAAGAUGGCGAACUGGAAGUUUUACGGACAGGCUUAUGCUUUAGACCUGUCUCGGAACGAGGAACACCCUAUAUCACACGCAUAGAGGAUGUAGAUCUACGGCAAGGCUACAGGACACGGAAAGGAAGCGAUGGUGGCGUCUAUGUAGCGACAGGGCAUGGGCCAUGGGGGAUCAGCCUGUCGCUAGGAACAGCGAAAGUUAUGGCUGAGAUGAUGCAGGGAAGAGAGUUAAGUGCUGAUAUCAAUCGUUCCAUUUGGUAG